GCCAAUGUUAUUAUAGUGAUAGACAUUGAGAAGUUUAUAUAGUAAACUUGCAGAGCUGUUUGCUAUUCGGUUAACUGUAAAUGAAAAAAAAAAGGUUACUUAGUUACUUAGUAAUAUAAUGCCUUCGAAGAAAAAAUGCCGCAAUAAGAUUUACAAAACACCACCAACUCCACCGCCUACAAAACUUAGACAAUUUGAAAAUGGCUUUGUACUGGACUGUGUAGCUGUCAGCAGUAUUUCAGAUGACUUCUCUAAGCUAAAUCCAAAGUUAGGUCAAGUGAUCCCACCUUAUAAUUCUCAGAAUGACAAAUUUGUGAACAGUUAUUUCAAGUACAAAGGCAUGAGCAAAAUGUUGAAAAGAACUAAACAGCUGAAUGGAGGGUGUUCUAUUGAAGGAAAAGCUGUAGAUUAUUUUCACAAUAAGGGCCAUCGUCACAUAUAUUUAUCCCAGAGAAACAAAUCAGGAGCUGGUCAUUCAAGAGAAUUAACUAGUGGCCAUUCAUCUUUCAUGUGUGAUAUUCAACCUAUCAUAGGUUAUAAUGGUUUAUUUGGAUACAGGCGUAACACCCCUCAGCUCAGGAUGCAACCAUCUUUGUUUGAAAAGAUUAAAUAUUAAUAAAUUGACUUCGUA